CCGGUGUGACUUGAUUUUGUGAUGUACACUACAAUAUCUCUACUCGACAUACCCUCAAAAUCGCUCCAUAUAAAGGAUGUAGAAGUGUCGGAGUUUUCCAGUUGUAAAGAAUUAAACACACGCCUCGGGACUGCUUUCGUAGCAUCGUGAACUCCACCAUUCCCAAGUUCCGUGUCACUGAUUCUCUCUUUUUUCUAAUCAUCUUGGAUUAAGCAAUUGAUAUUACCUCUUCAGUGCACGCGAUUUCUAUAGUCUUCGCCUGGCCAGGUUUCAAUUUUUUUACCCACGAGCGGUCUUUUCCCGCGCCGGUAUGCGUUCGCGUAUAGUUGGAUUUUACUCGACGCGGUAUAAUAAUUGACACUCUCUGCUGUAGAAUAACGAGUGAUACUACCUUCAAAGAUAAGAUGGCAGUCGUCUGGUGGAUAGUGAGUGCCGUAACAUCCGCGCUCAUUCUAAUUUACCUGGCAUUCUUCUGGAAGAUCAAUUGGAUCAAGGAUUUGACGGAAAAUGACGCGAAGAGGUCUUGGCUCAACAAGCGAUUAGGUGAUGGUAAGAGUGGAGGUGGUUCGAGGAACAAGAACAGAAAAGUAGGUCACCUACCCCCGGUGUAUCCGAACGGAUGGUUCGCGCUCUUGGAAAGCUCGCAUUUGAAACGUGGCGAAGCCAAGCACAUCUCAGCUCUUGGACAGAACUUUGCAGUUUUUAGAACGCAAAAGGGAACUGUUAGCGUACUGGAUGCUUAUUGCCCACACCUAGGCGCGAACAUGGGAGAGGGUGGCAGAGUUCGAGGAGAUUGUCUCGAAUGUCCCUUUCACGGCUGGCUUUUCAGAGGAGCCGACGGUCGAUGCCAGGACAUACCAUACUCGGACAAAGUGCCAGAAUUCGCGAAAACCAAGGCGUGGGAUUGCUGCGAAGUCAACCAAUUGAUCUUCGUUUGGCAUCACGCAGAGAACGCAAAGCCAAGCUGGCGGCCGCAAGCCCUCGGAGAAAUAUCUGACGGGAGGUGGCGUUAUCACGGAAGAAACGAGUUCAUUGUCAACAGUCAUAUACAGGAAAUACCGGAAAACGGAGCUGACUGGGCUCACCUUAGCGCUGUUCACGGUCCUUCGAUUCUACUAAGCGAGCGUGUACCGUGGCUUGCACGUCACAGCUGGACGGGAGCGGAAUGGACGUCGCACGUAUCGCCGCCGCAAGAGCGAACAAUGGCAAAGGAGGAGGAAGCAGGAAAGGCACAGGCUGAAGAGGAAUGUGGGGCUGAGGUUGACAAUGCACCGGAAACCGACCCCAACGUAUCGCGAGAAAAUGUAGCAGGCACGGGGAAGUUCGAAAACGGUGGUGGCAAGAUUAGCAAGGAUAAAACGGCGAGCGGCAACAAGUCGCACAAGGCGAUAAUGCGGUUACGUCACAGCUUGAUCCUCUUCGAACGCAUCCCAAUCCUGGAACUUGACGUUCGAGCCGAACAGAUAGGACCCGGUUACGUGGAACUGCUCGUGCAAAGCAGCAUGGGGCCGAUGUGCAUUCUGCAAACUGUCACGCCGCUGGAGCCACUAAUGCAACGCGUUACACAUCUAAUGUUCGCACCCCCCCUGCUUGCGCCGCUCGCUACUCUGGUACUGUUUGGCGAAAGCGUAAUGUUCGAGCGGGAUGUUGCCGUCUGGAAUCACAAGCGUUUCGAGCAAAGGCCCCUUUUGGUUCGUGAGGAUCGAUCGAUUCUUGCCUACCGCCGGUGGUACGCGCAGUUCUAUUCACCCCACAGUCCGACCUAUCAGUCCACCACGCGAUCGCUGCAAUGGUAAUUUUUCAUUUUUCCAAUCACACACAUAUUCAGACACGUCGCCGACGACCAUUUUUCCUGUAUAUCAACAUUCAGUCAGUUUCUCCGGACUGAUAUCAUUUCAGCGGAGUCGAUGUGAUUGGCCGAAUACUCCGAAAUUUUGCCCAUGCUAAAUUUUUUUUUCUUUUUUUCCAACUGUCGCGGUUAUAAAUAGAUUAUGGAAAAUAUAAGUGUCCGGAACGACGUGUCACAUUAAAAAUUAAAUAUCAUUAGAAUAGUACUCCAUGAAACAGUAUUUAAGCAUAAAUAGUACUGAUUAUAGUAGUCUGAAACGCUCUCCUCCUUCCCACUUUCCAUCGCUGCACCGCAAACCCCGCGAGAACGAGUCGAAUAAUCUGGAAAUUCGUUGUUUUUAAGAAACAUACCACGGGAUGCUUGUAAAUAAAAACAGCUGCUGUAUUUGUGAAUUUAUGUUAUUAUAAGACCAAGAUAGUUCAUUUGAUUAAGUUUGCUUGGAAAUUGCCAACGGAAUCAUGAGUGUCUUGCAUUCCAUAAAUAUAAUAUUGGUUCAGCGGAAUUGUCACUAAUAACACUGUACAUAAAUAACAGUAAUUCUAUCGCGAAAAACUACAUACAACAGUAGAAAUUCGUUGACAUAAUAAAUAAGAACGCAGAUUAUUACCCAGAAAUUGUGCUAUAUAAAUUCAUUCGCUGCUUACAAAUAUUCAACUUCCCUUUCACCGUGUGUAUUAUUAGUUAUCACAGAAUUCUUAUCUUAUUAUUAAUUAAUUCUACAGCUUAAGCAUGUUAGAGUUAUUUGAAAACAAUUGUUUGUCUUCAAUUGUUAUAUUCCAUCCCCCAAAUCUGUUCGUUCUAGUAUAAGGUUAAAUGCUUUGAAGUCUGGGCACUAGAAAAAUAUCUAAAAUAAGACUGCGCGACGUACGCACGGGAGUAAGUUCUACAACUAGUAGAAAACAUUGUAAAGAGAUUAUUUUCAAUAACGUAUGGGUGUACAAGACUGAAGAAGAACUUAUUGUCUCACAACUGCAAUGGAGCCUACUCGGCAUAAAAGUAUUAUCGAGAUACGAUCGAGAUGAACUUUGAAAUGUUUCGAGACCAUUGUCGAGUAUGAGAUUAAAGAAAGAACUGCAAUUCCCAUUGUUGAUUUAAGAGUGUACCGAUCAUACGGUCCAGUCAAAGAGCUGUCCAGACAGAAAUAUGAUAUAACAAUGGUUUGGACAUGCAACUGAAGUCAAUCGAGUUGAAUUUUGUUGAAACAAUAUUCCCUUGACAUGGAAAAAAUACAAAAACCGUAGGUAAACUUCAGAUACAACACAGCACAAUUAUUGAUGAUUUUGAAAAGAUCACGUUAUUGCAUCAUUUUUACAAUGAAGCAAACUGUAUCCGUUGAUAGAUUUUAAUGAAUUAGAGCUGAUCUUCUUCAUAAAUGAAAUCUUUACAUACCAACAGUCAUAUUUUGUAUUCAACUUCUCCGUUACUGAAGAAAAAAAGUAAACAAAAAAAAAUAAAACACGAUUAGCGAAAUCAUUGUAAAUGAUCAAUAGUACACCAAUGCCAUAAUAAAAAAUACUAGAUUCUUAUCCAAAAUGUGAUUAUCCAGAUUUUUAGAGAAUUUAUUUACGAACAAAGUGAACCGUAGUUAAUUGUAAUCGAUCUAACGAUGCGAAUUUUUUCAUUGUACAAAUGAUUCAGUAAAGGAGAUCUUUAUGAAGUCAUCAAUAAUUGUGCUACUGUAGCUGAAAUUGCCGGUUUUCUUAAUUUUUCCUACAUUAUGGAAAUUUUGUUUCAACUAAAUCCAACUCGAUUAACUUCAAUUGCACUUUCAAUUCUCCAUUACAUUAUAUGUCUAUCUUGACAACUCUUCCACUGGACUGUACGCUUGGUACACACUUAAAGUGUUGGACAGAUGGCACACAUGAUUUCACAACAGUCGUUCACAGGUGUUUCACGAAUUACCAUAUUACUUCAGGGU